GACACGUUCGACAGACUUUGUGUACGCAUGCGCGGAAGUCAACGUGCCGACACCACUUUUCCCUGGCGACAAAUCUCUCUGAUUGCUGCAAAGCAUCAGACAAUGUGGGUGAUUGUCAGCGAGAGUCAGUGAGUUUAGCGCAGGCGCCAUGGGGAGUCCAGCUGUGCGGAUGUUCCAUAGAUUAGAGGGUCUGUUUUGCGUCUACAAACCCGCAGGAGUGCACUGGAAGCUGGUGAGGGACACCAUCGAGACUAAUCUUCUGAAAGGGGUUAACGCUACACCUGCUCGGCCUCUUCCUCAUGAGGUUCGCUUCUUGCCGAGCCCAAACAAGGACCGUGAAGUAGCCGGAGGACUCGCACUGCGCGCUGCCUCUGUUCCUGUCCUGUCCAAGCACCCUCUGGUGACCGGACCUGAAUUCCAGCAUAUUAAGGUGGGAGUUGGUCACCGCCUGGAUGUUUCCUCUUCUGGUGUUCUCGUUCUCGCUGUGGGGAACGGGAACAGGACCAUGAGGGAUCUCUACAGGACACGAACCACGAGGGAUUAUUCGCUGCAGUGCGAGUUUGGGAUGGCAACACAGGAUUUUACUGACACGGGUCGGGUCGUGGAAAGGUCCACUUACGGUCACAUCACACGGGAGAAGAUGGAGAGAGUGAUAGCCAUGCUGGAGGGAGCCAAUCAAAAAGCCCUGAGAAUGUAUUCCAGCGUGGACAUGAGCUCACAGGAAGCGUACGAGUUGGCGGCAAAGGGUCUGCUGGGCCCAGACGGGAAGUCGGUUCCUAUCUUGACGGGCUUGCGAUGCGUUCACUUCCAGCCACCAAACUUCACCUUAGAGGUGCAGUGCCUAAACGAAACGCAGAAAUAUCUGCGCAAAGUGGUGCACGAGAUGGGACUGGAGCUGCGCAGCACGGCGGUGUGUAAGGGGGUGAGGCGAACCAGAGACGGGCCCUUCACCCUGCAGCACGCGCUCACCCGGCACCACUGGACCGCCGCUGAUGUCGCGCAGGCCAUGCAGCAGCACCGUUGGAAAAAGAGGAGCAAAGGCCGCUGCGGGACCGUGACCGAUAAAGCGGUGGCGCAAACACCCGGGGAGACGCUCGCAGCCUCUCAGGAAGACGAAGCUAACAGGGAAGCGACGAUAGCCGAGUUGCAAUGUCGCUAAUGGAAGUGAAAACCGUGCGGACGUUUCCUGGUUGAUAGACAUUUUGUUACCCGAGAUGCUGGUGAGAACGAAAAAGGCAAAUGCUUCUGAAUCACAUUGGGUUAAUAUGGAAAUGUGAUUCUACCAUGGCAUCCCAAAGUUGACGUCCACUCCUCUGGAGCAUUCAUUUUAUUAAUGUUUUAGGUUAAUAAAAUCCUUCUUUUUUUCCCCCCACAGUGGAUUGAAGUUACAACGAACAGCUUUAAUGAAUUAUGAAAACAAAAUAAAAGGUGCACAACAGUUUUUUCUGAAGUGUACAUGGCUAAAAUGUAUGCAUAGACUACUGUGAAUACGUUGCUGAAUUUUGUUCAGCAGGUUUCACCUUAAACCGCAGGCCUUUUAUAGGUUGAUCUGGAGAAACAUGAAGCUCCGCAGCUUAAGUACUCAGUCCAUGGUUUGCAGGAAGCUGCUGUAGAAGACGGGCCUGUUUUACUUCUUAACCAGAGAGAUCAUGCAACAAAUGAUUUAACGUGUUAAUUUGGGUUCUGGAGCAGGAUCCACGCCUCUUAAUUAGCCAGCAGUAGCCGUACACCUACUUCACUCAUCCAUCACAUCCUUCCCUCCCUUACCGCCAACCUCACGCCUCUUCCUCCCCUUCAUUCCACCACCCUCAUCCCUACUCUCUAUUCUCAUUCUUCAUCCACUCUUCUUUGAGGCAGAGUCCAUCUGUGGGUGUUCUAAGUGGGAUCAGGAAAAGCCAUUUCCUGAAGACCGCACCCCUACGCUGAGUCUCCUUAAAGCGAGUCUCCCCGAAUGACCCAUCCUGACAAUCGGUCCAUCCAUCCACCCCCCCCAACCCGUUCAUUCAAUAAACCUUUAAACUCAUAUUUGCGCCGUGGUUCUUGCCAAUCAAGUGACAAGUUGGAACAGGGGGUCAGACUUGCUGAAGUAACGUUUGGGGCAUUAAAACCCUUCAAACAAC